AUCACCUGGCGGAUGAGCGUUUGCCGUCAUUGUGGAGUUUUGAUCCCCCACUGACAAACUGCACUUUUUUAGUGAACGGUUUUAUAUAUUUUGUUCCCCCCCCCCCACCCCCCCCUUGUUCACUCCAGGACAUUACGCACUCGCGUGCACCUGGCAUCAUGAUCAGCAUGGAUUCCUUCUGCUUCGUGCUGUUGCUAAGUUCGCUAGCGGGGCUCUGCCUGGGCAUCGAAUUCACGGGAGCGCCAGGACUAUGGACCCGCUACGCCCGGUGGGACGCCAGCACCCGGAGUGAUCUCAGCUUCCAGUUUAAGACCGAGCUCUCCAGCGCCCUGCUGCUGUACUUCGACGACGGCGGCUACUGCGACUUUGUGCAGCUGAUGAUCGCGGAGGGGAAAGUCCAGCUCAAGUUCAGCAUCGACUGCUUCGAGACCCAGCUCGGCAUGGAUAAGCUGGUGAAUGACGACAAGUGGCACUUCCUCAUGGUUUCACGCAACAACUUGAGAACAGUCCUCGUGUUGGACGGCGAAACUCGGUCGGCCGAAGUCCAGCCUCAGCGGCAGUACAUGAAGAUAGUCAGCGACCUGUUCAUCGGAGGCGUCCCGCAGGAUAUCCGCAAGUCUGCGCUAACUCUGAACACCAUACAAGACAAACCUCCUUUCAAGGGAUAUAUUGAAGACUUGAAGUAUGGGGACACUGUACCGUUGCUCUUGGGGAGCCAGUUUGUGAAGCUGGUCAAGGAAGGCCUUUGCACUGAAAACCCAUGUGAAAAUGGUGGGAUUUGCUCUUUAUUCGAAGCUGAGGUUUCCUGUGACUGUUCCACCACGGGAUAUGUGGGGAGCUACUGCACUGAAGAAGUCAACCGUGUACCAGGUUUCUCGCAUCUGAUGAUGGGCGAGCAAGGUAGAAGUAAAGCCAGAGAAGACAACUCCGCCACUUUCCGAGGAUCCGAGUACUUCUGCUACGACCUGUCCCAGAACCCCAUCCAGAGUAGCAGUGACGAGAUCACCCUGUCUUUCAGGACCUGGCAGCGCAACGGACUGAUCCUACACACAGGGAAGUCAGCCGACUAUGUAAACCUAGCGCUGAAAGACGGAGCGGUUUCCCUAGUCAUUAACCUGGGAUCUGGUGCUUUUGAGGCGUUGGUUGAACCAGUAAAUGGGAAGUUCAAUGACAACGCCUGGCACGAUGUCAAAGUGACACGCAAUCUGCGACAGCACUCAGGCAUUGGACACGCUAUGGUCACCAUUUCAGUGGACGGCAUCCUCACCACGACAGGUUAUACCCAGGAAGACUACACCAUGCUGGGAUCUGACGACUUCUUCUACGUCGGAGGAAGUCCGAGUACGGCCGACCUGCCUGGCUCUCCCGUCAGCAACAACUUCAUGGGAUGCCUCAGAGAGGUCGUGUACAAAAACAACGACAUCCGGCUCGAGCUGUCGCGCCUGGCGAGGAUCAAGGAUCCCAAAAUGAAGAUUCACGGCGACGUUGUGUUUAAGUGCGAGAACGUGGCCACGCUAGACCCCAUAUCGUUCGAGACACCCGAGGCCCACAUCAGCCUGCCCAAGUGGAACACCAAGAAGAUGGGUUCCAUCUCCUUUGACUUCCGCACGUCCGAGCCCAACGGCCUGAUCCUCUUCACCCACGGGAAGCCUCAGGAAAGGAAAGACGCCAGGAGCCCGAAGAAAACCAAAGUGGACUUCUUCGCGGUGGAGCUCCUGGACGGCAACCUGUUCCUGCUCCUGGACAUGGGAUCCGGAGCGAUCAAGAUCAAGUCCACCACCAGGAAGGUGAACGACGGAGAAUGGUAUCACGUGGACAUCCAACGGGACGGCCGAUCAGGCACCAUAUCGGUGAACAGCCGACGGACUCCGUUCACGGCCAGCGGGGACAGUGAGAUCCUCGACCUGGAGGGGGACAUGUACCUCGGAGGUCUGCCCGACAACAGAAUGGGGUCCAUCUUGCCCACCGAGCUGUGGACGGCCAUGCUGAACUACGGCUACGUGGGCUGCAUCCGGGACCUGUUCAUCGACGGCAGGAGCAAGGACAUCCGGCAGUUGGCCGAGGCUCAGAACGCAGCCGGGGUCAAGCCCUCUUGUCUACGAGUGAGCAGUAAACACUGCGACAGCAAUCCCUGCAAGAACAAUGCCGUGUGCAGAGAAGGUUGGAACAGGUUCAUCUGCGACUGCACAGUCAUGGGCUUCUGGGGGAGAACGUGUGAACGGGAGGCAUCCAUUCUCAGCUACGACGGCAGCAUGUACCUGAAGAUCGUCAUGCCCUGGGUCAUGCACACGGAAGCUGAGGACGUCUCCCUUCGCUUCAUGUCCCAACGAGCCUACGGCCUGCUGGUGGCCACCACCUCGCGGGAGUCCGCAGACACCUUGCGCCUGGAGCUCGACGGAGGCCGGGUGAAGCUGACAGUCAACCUAGACUGUAUCAGGAUUAACUGUAACUCCAGUAAAGGACCAGAGACGCUGUACGCUGGGCAGAAGCUCAACGACAAUGACUGGCACGCGGUCAGAGUGGUCCGGCGUGGUAAAAAUUUGAAGCUGAUGGUCGAUGAAGUCACUGCAGAAGGUCAAAUGCUUGGAGACCACACGCGACUGGAGUUCCACAACAUUGAGACCGGGAUCAUGACGGAACGCCGGUUCAUCUCGGUGGCCCCGUCCAGCUUCAUCGGGCACCUCCAGAGCCUGAUGUUCAACGGGAUGAUGUACAUCGACCUGUGCAAGAACGGGGACAUCGAGUACUGCGAGAUCAACGCCCGCUUUGGCAUGAGGUCCAUCAUCGCUGACCCCGUCACCUUCAAGACCAAGAACAGCUACCUGACCCUGGCCACCCUCCAUGCCUACACCUCCAUGCACCUCUUCUUCCAGUUCAAAACCACCUCCCCGGACGGCUUCAUCCUGUUCAACAGCGGAGACGGCAACGACUUCAUUACAGUGGAGUUAGUCAAAGGAUAUAUCCAUUAUGUGUUUGACCUGGGAAAUGGGCCCAACGUUAUCAAGGGGAACUCAGAGAAGGCCCUCAGUGACAAUCAGUGGCACAAUGUGGUGAUCACCAGAGACAACAGCAACACCCACACACUGAAGGUCGAUGCCAGUUCUGUGACUCAAAUCAUCAAUGGUGCCAAAAACCUUGACCUUAAAGGUGUCCUGUACAUCGCGGGGCUUGCCCAAGGCAUGUACAACAAUCUGCCAAAGCUCGUCGCCUCAAGAGAUGGGUUUCAGGGUUGCUUGGCCUCUGUGGACCUGAACGGAAGGCUGCCGGACCUGAUUCACGACGCACUGCACCGCAGCGGUCAAAUCGAGCGCGGAUGUGAAGGUCCCAGCACAACAUGCCAAGAGGACUCUUGCACCAACGACGGCAUCUGCAUCCAGCAGUGGGAAGGUUACACGUGCGACUGCUCCAUGACCUCCUACAGCGGCAGUCAGUGCAACGACCCUGGCACGACCUACAUCUUCGGCCGCGGUGGAGGCCUCAUCACCUACACGUGGCCGGCUAACGACAGGCCCAGCACGCGGACGGACCGCCUGGCCGUUGGCUUCAGCACGGCGGUGAAGGAUGCCAUCCUGGUCCGAGUGGACAGCGCCCCCGGUCUCGGAGACUUCCUGCAGCUUCACAUCGAACAAGGCAAGAUCAGUGUGGUCUUCAACGUGGGAACGAACGACAUCGCCAUCACGGAGUCCAGCAACGUGGUGAACGACGGCAAAUACCAUUUGGUGCGUUUCACCAGGAACGGAGGCAACGCCACGCUACAGGUGGACAACUGGGCCGUCAAGGAGUUCUACCCUUCAGGAAACAUUGAUAAUGAACGCCUGGCGAUUGCUAAAACGAAAGUCCCCAAAAAAUUCAGAGGGAUAGUAUUUGAUGAAUGGCUACAAGAGAAAGGCCGCAUGCUCACGAUCUUCAACACACAGGCCACGAUCACCAUCGGGGGGAAGAACAGGAGCCGCCCGUUCCAGGGGCAGAUGUCCGGCCUCUACUACAACGGCCUGAAGGUGCUCAACAUGGCCGCCGAGAGCCACCCCAACGUCAGGGUCAACGGCACGGUGCGGCUGGUGGGCGACGUGUCGCCGGUGAUCAUCAACCAGCCAGCGGCCACCGCCUUGCCCGCAGAGAUGUCCACCACCAUCAUGGCCACCACCACCACCCUGGCCACCACCACCGCCAGGAAGGUCCGGGGAACCAUGAAGAUCAACCCGGUCACCGAUGACUUGAUCGUGUCGUCCGCGGAGUGCGCCAGCGACGAUGAGGACCUCGAUGAGUGCGAGCCGAGCUCAGGUGGGUUAGGAGGUGAACUAGUUUUCCCUAUAGUGUCAGUAGAACCUUUAGCCACCUCACCCCUUGGCACCCAUGCCCCCGCCAUUACCUCCCACCCUACCCUCUUCACCAUUAUUGGAAGCACCAAAGACCCCCUGUCCUCCGCGACCCCUGAGAUUGGGUUGCCUUGCUCGGACCGGGACAACGAUGAUUGUGAUGCUGGCCUGGUGAUAUCGGGUUAUGCGUCGGGGCGACCUCUAGACUCCGACGCGCCCCCUCUUGAUGAUGAAGAUUUUCACCACGACUUGUCCUUGGUAACAGAUAAGACCAUGUUGUCCACGUCGACCUCGGAAGGUGACUUCAAAGCGCACGCACCCAAGUGGGAGUACAAGGACACGAGAUCAAAUAGACCGCCCGAGACCGGCGGGAUCUCGGCCACUGAAGUCUCUCGCCCCGGCCUCGACACCUCUCCGGUCUUGGGCAAGUUGCCAGCGGGCAAGUUGAACACACGGGAGCAGAGGCCGGCCCAGCCGGGCUCAGCGCUCUUCCCGUUGCCCACCGGUCACGAAGCAGACAGCACCAAGGCGAGGAGUCCGCUAGUCACCUCACCCAUGUUCCGUCAUGUGCCCACAGCAGCCCAGACCACCGAGGCGGGAGUGCGUGGGACAGCGGCGGCGGGAGUGGCCGAGGUAGUGCGGGAGUCGAGUAGCACCACCGGCAUGGUGGUGGGCAUCGUGGCGGCAGCAGCCCUCUGCAUCCUCAUCCUGCUCUACGCCAUGUACAAGUACCGCAACCGGGACGAGGGCUCCUACCAGGUGGACGAGACGAGGAACUACAUUAGCAACAGCGCGCAGACCAACGGCAACGCGGUCAAGGAGAAAAGCCAAGGUGGUGCCAAAGUUGGCAACAGCGGCAUUGGCAACAUUGGCAUCGACAACCACAGCGGCAAGAAACACAGGAACAAAGACAAAGAGUACUAUGUGUAGUCCCGGGGGGAGCGAUGGACAGACUUU